GCCGGGCAGCAGCAUGGAGGAGGCGGAGGGGGAGAGAAGUAACCUGGCUGGGGUACGGCACAUCCUCCUGGUGCUCUCGGGGAAGGGCGGCGUGGGGAAGAGCACCAUCACCACUGAGCUAGCUUUGUCUCUACGGCACUCGGGGAAGAAGGUCGGGAUCCUGGAUGUGGACCUGUGUGGCCCCAGCAUACCCCGUAUGUUCAAGGUGCAGAACCAUGACGUGCACCAGUGCAGCAGUGGCUGGGUGCCAGUCUUCGUGGACCAAGACAAAAGCAUUUCGCUCAUGUCCAUUGGCUUCCUGUUGGAAAAGCCAGAUGAUGCUGUGGUGUGGAGAGGACCCAAGAAAAAUGCUUUGAUAAAACAAUUUGUUGAUGAUGUGGCCUGGGGGGAACUGGACUUCCUCAUUGUGGAUACUCCUCCCGGCACGUCUGAUGAGCACAUCUCCACAGUGGAGGCUUUGCGGCCGUACAAGCCUCUGGGAGUGAUCCUAGUCACAACGCCUCAGGCAGUGUCCGUGGGGGAUGUAAGGCGAGAGCUGACGUUCUGUAAGAAGACGGGUUUACGAGUUCUUGGGAUCGUAGAGAACAUGAGUGGUUUUGUCUGCCCACAUUGUUCGGAGUGUACAAACAUCUUUUCCAAAGGGGGAGGUGAAGAACUGGCAAAACAUGCUGGAGUCCCUUUCCUUGGCUCUGUGCCUCUGGACCUCCAGCUCAGCCAGAGCUUAGAGGAAGGCAGAGAUUUCAUCCAGGAGUUUCCCAAGAGCUCUGCCUUCCCUGCCUUGGCUCACAUUGCCCAGCAGAUCUUGGAUUGGACAUCCCCACAAAGCUCCUGAAGGGGGUAUUGAGGUGGACUGUUGUUGAGGUCCCUGCCUAACACCACCAUCAGCAGCAAUUGCUGGUGGGAAAGGGGGGAUGCAGAAGCUGUUUCACUAUGACACUGUUUCAGCGGGGGUGGAGGGAGAGGGGAGCCACCGCACUGGUGCCACUCAUGGAGCUCUGAAAAAGGAAGUGCUGCUCCACCCCCAGGUCGAAUUUGAAGAGACCCUGAUGGGCUUAUCUGCUCCUGCAAGGGACGCACAUCUGCAGCCUCGUUCUCGCCUUCUGAACGGGCAAGUAUUCUGCCCAGGUGGUACAGAUGUUCCUAGCCCUGCACGCACCGUGCUUUCCUCUGCAAGUCAGUCCCUUGCACAGGUACUUGUAGAGCUCCAGGUUGUUUCCACAAUGUCUCACAUACUGCAGUAUGCUUGACAAUGAUUGAAUGUAACUAGCAGCUACAGCGGCUCAUACUACUGACUGACACAAUCGUUCCCUCACUAAACCCAAAUGGCGCAAACAGUCUGUACCUCGCCUCUGCACAGAGCUGCCUUCUCUCCUGUUACCUUUGCUGCGUGACAGAUUAUAUGGUACUUGUGGUUGAGUGGCUGGUGCCAGAUGCUCUUAAUCUGCAGCUGAUCCAAACCACCUCAUUCUGAAAUUUAAGAUUGUUGGUACAAAAUAUGCCUCUGAGGGCCUUGUGUGCGUCUCAUGUGAGAAAAUGUCUUUAGGUGAUCUACUGUCCAUUUGAUGUCUGCAAAAUGCCAUUUCUUGGUCUGCUGGGGCUUGUCAUGAUGCAAAAGGUUCCAGACAGUAAACAUUUUUUCUUAAAA